AUGCUAACACUAGUGUGGUUCACCGUGGGAUCUGGGAUCCUGUUGCUUCUAUCAAACGGAUGCUAUGAUGUCAGAGGAGAAGCAGGCCCGCCCCUCCAGGUCUCCCCCCAGGAGGUGUGGGCGGUGUUCGAGAACCUCUGGGCCAACCUGUGCCAGAUAAGGGUGCUGUCCUCAGACAUGGGGAUGGAGGAGAGUCAGGCCCUCCUCAGCUUCAUCCACGCCAGCCAGAUCGUGAGCAUCACGGCACACCUCGACACCCGGGACCUGGUCCAGUGUUUCUCUCAGCCAGAGUACAGAUACUGGCCGAUGGAGAGGACCGUUGCUGAGGAACAAUGCAACCCCCUCUACUCCCCGUCUCCUCUUCACGUUACAACAUCGACCAUCCAGACCACGGCGCCACGACAAUGUAAGGAAUCGGACCACCAACAGAUGUACAGCAGACCGAGUCACCAGAGAGGUCCGAGUCACAGUAACGUUAACACGGAGCGGCAGCAUGAGGCUACACAGCCGGCGGGCUCCGAGGCGGGCUCCGAGGCGGGCGCCAUGGCGGGCUCCGAGGCGGACCGAGGCGGGCUCCGAGGCGGGCUAGGCCGGCGAAUGAGGCGGGCUCCAUGGCGGCCUGUAAGCAGGCUGCCCGGCCGGACCUCCGACAGGUUCCAAUCCGUGACCUCUUACGGCUGGAACCGGAGAGACCACUAUGGUGGUUUCCGUCGUGCGCCGGUGACCACUCAGCUUGUAACGCGGUAAUUACGGUAACGUUGCCUUGAUAAACCGUCAGGAGCACACACGCGGUCCGAAUCCGGAGCUAACGGCGCCUCUUCAGACAUGUCGACCCUAUCGCGAUACUUCUCCUUAUUCCACAUCUAUGGAUAUUCUCAUUUUGCGACACACACACACACACACACACACACACACACACACACACACACACACACACACACACACACACACACACACACACACACACACACACACACACACACACACACACACACACACACACACACACAC